UUAAUGUAACGUUUCUACUGUUUCAAAACUCGAAAACCGCACACAGAUUGCUGCAGAUAAGUUGUUGUUGUCGCACCGAUUUUCCAGGAAGUGUAGGAUAUAGGGCUUUUAUAAGAGGAUGUAAGUUUCGUCGUAGCGAAACUCUGUUGUAGCCGAGAGCUCGCGUUACUGCAGUAUGUAUUGUUGUAGAUUAAUGUGUGUCUAAAGAUAAAACAUUUGUCAUACGAGUCGGCCCAACGAUCCCCGGCUUUGCGUGUGAACACACGGUUGAAGGCGCAACGUAAGACGGAGAAGUGUGGGCAUUUCUCUCGUUGCAAACUACUUGUGUUUGGAUCCAGUCCAGUAAAAAGAUGAGACUUCAGAGUUCUGAAGAUAGAUAAAGCUAGAAGUUUGGGACAAUAGCUGUACCAAUGGGAGACUCGAGAGCUGAACGAAUACAUGCAAGUGUUGUGCACCUGUGGGAAUUGUCUUAAUAUCUGUGUGACGGGGAGACAGGCAAUUUGACCAAGGAACACUGGUAUUCCCCUUUCGUUGGAGAAUGGCUGCCCUUUCCUGCUUUUUAACUAAGCACCUAUUGUUAUCGUGGAAACCAUGGGUUGCUACUGGAAACCCAGAAUAGCUUCAAAUUGUUUUAAGGUUGGUAUGUCUGGACCCAGCUGGCUGCCUCCAAGAACUCUGUGUAGCUUAGAAAGUGCCAUAACACCAAUGUCACACACUGGCCCUGCAAUCUACAGACCACCAAAAAAAGGUGACCAGAGGCCCAAAUAUAGCAUGUAUGACCAAACUGGAGGAUCAGGAGGAAACAGUAUGCCUGUUAGGUAUAUGGCUGCUGGACCCUCAGGAAAUGUACAGCACCAGCAUCAAGAUGAUCGCUCCGGGUCUGCUGUCUAUCACCCAGCCGACCGAUACUACAGUCCAGGCCAGGGGCCCAAAGAGGACCACCACACGUGGAGCCCCCACCUGGCCAACCAGGAGCUUCAUAAUCGGGGAUCAGAGAGACACAUCUCUGCUAUUGAUGCGGAAAUUGACUCUCUUACUUGCAUGUUGGCUGACCUUGAUAGUAACCCUCAUUCAAGCACACAGUUGUAUGACAAUGUGCCUUAUAGCAAGCACCUCCCUAUUGACCGCUAUAACCCGCCCAGUCAGUCUGGGGCACCACCACCAAGCAGGCCAUCUAUGGGCUACCCGACUCAACUUCAGAGCCAGUACCACCCCUCCCCACCUUACACCUCUACCCCUCAGCCAGAUUAUGCUUUCCCCCCUCCUUCCUCCGCUGUUAACAAGCCAUAUCCACAACCAGUGCCUGCCUCUUACACUACCGCAUCCACCCCGACUGGUCCACGCUUUACUGUUCAGGUUAAAACUGCCCAGCCAGUGACUUAUUCUCAGAGCGGCCGACAGGCAGAGCAAGCCUACACCCCACCACCGCCCCGUCAGCACGUCUCUGGUCCCGCUCAGCAAGAUCGCCUGCAUUAUCCUGAUUCACAGGGGCAGGGCUGGUACCCACCUCCACCACCUCCAGCCCAAGAACCUCAUGGUGAUCCAUCUCUCUAUAAAGGGGGAUCAGGAAAUAUUCCAGGUGGGCGACCUGGCCAGGGACCACCUAUAAAGAGGGGCCAAGAUGAAGUUGCAUAUCAGCCUAACAAGGGGUCAGCACCCCAGCCUGAAGAAGAGUUGGAUCGACUCACUAAGAAGUUGGUGUAUGACAUGAAUCAUCCCCCUACCGAAGAAUAUUUUGGCAGAUGUGCUAGAUGUGGAGAUAAUGUUCUGGGAGAUGGCAGCGGAUGUAUUGCGAUGGAGCAGGUGUUUCACGUCGAGUGUUUCACCUGUAUCACCUGUCAUGCCCGUUUGAGAGGCCAGCCCUUCUAUGCAUUAGACAAGAAGAGCUACUGCGAGAGCUGCUAUAUAAGCACACUUGAGCGCUGUUCGAAAUGUUCUGAGCCCAUCCUAGACCGGAUUCUGAGGGCGAUGGGAAAGGCCUACCACCCUCGCUGCUUCAAAUGUGUGGUUUGCAGCUGUUGCCUGGAUGGAGUGCCUUUUACUGUAGAUGCCACCUCCCAGAUCCACUGUAUUGAUGACUUCCACAGGAAGUUUGCCCCACGUUGCUCAGUAUGUAGCCAGCCCAUAAUGCCAGAGCCGGGGCAGGAGGAAACCGUGCGAAUUGUCGCACUUGAUCGCAGUUUUCAUGUAAACUGCUAUGUGUGUGAGGAGUGUGGACUUCUCCUCUCCUCAGAAGGUGAAGGAAGAGGCUGCUAUCCCUUGGAUGGCCACAUUUUGUGCAAGAGCUGCAGUGCCCGUCGCAUCCAAGACCUCUCUGCUAAAAUCUCCACUGACUGCUAAUGUACCUGUGCUAUCUCUUUGUAACCUUCCUUUGUAAUAGUUAUUCCUCAGAUAUAUAUAUGUAUGUACCACAAUCUAUAAAUUCACCACCUGGUAUUUAUUUCUUUUGAAAAAUUAAACAGUAUAUAUUACACAAAAACAUUAAGACCUCCCAUUCAGAGUAGCAAUGAGCCAAGAACAACUAAAAGCUCUUGUGAAAUUUGUUUCUCUGGAAAGUUGGCCUUUUUUAAAGUAAAACAGGUGGUGCAUAAAAUGUAAUGCUAAAUUGAUUGUGUAUAAUCAUCUUUGUCUAUGCAUGUUUAUACAAGAUGUAUUCUGAACAGGGUUGAUAUGUGAACAGGGUACAUUUCUACCUUUUGAAAAUAUUAUUGCAUUUUAAUUUUGCAGCAUAAAAAACACCCACAGAAACAUGUCACAGUUUCAACCGCUUGGCAUAUGUUAAUUCAUGCUGUAGAGAUCUUGUCUUAUUGGCAGUUGUCACUUUACAUCGUCUCCACUUAGACCCCUAAUCUACUUUGUCUCUAUUUUCUUAAUCUUUUUAAAACGCAUACUUUGAGCUUUUUAAUGCUGAGCACAAAAGUGUUUGAUUGUGAUUAUUUUAAAGAUUUUUUUCCCGUCUUGUCACUGACAAUUAUGGUAUCACAUACAUGUUGAAGUAAAUUUGAAGCUGAAAUGGGUGCCGUGUGCUUUGACAGCAGAGUUUAUACUUUUGACAGGACUUAAUGUUGGUAUGAUCAGUAAAAUGGAUGGUUUAAAAUAAUUACAGUUCUUUUCAGCUGCUAGAUAACUCAAAAUGUGACGUAGCUUAUUAAAUCAAAUGUCUUAGUUUGGUACUAGGUGUGUCCAUUAAUGACUAACAGGAUAAAUGGAAGAGUAAGACGUUUACAAACAGGCUGCGAUUGGUAUGUAUGUAUGUAUGUAUAUCUUUUUCCAGAUUCCACAGAUCUAAUGGUAUUUUUGUACAGAACAAUAGCGUAAACGUAUUACUGGUCUUUUCCCUCGUAAAUACUCUCUCUUCUCACUGUCUUUAUUUUUAUUUUUUUCAAAUCAAUCUGCUACUAACGGUUUAGUUCACCCAAAAAUAUUUUUUUAUUACCUCACUCUUCAAACCUGUCUUAACUUGCGCUGUGUUCUGAGAAACAUAGAUAUUUUGACAGCCGUUGGUAACCGAACAAAAUUGGCUUCAAGUAACCAUUGUUUUGAAGCACAUUAGAGUGAAUAAAUUGACAGAUUUUGAAUUUCAUAAACCUUGCCUAAAACCGUGUGACAUUAUAAUAGUUUAAUGUCACAAGGGUUUAGUCAAGGUUUAUGAAUGUUUUCAAAACAUAUUAUUUAAGACUUGUAAAAACUUGCUCAAAUGACAUCUGGAAACUAUUAGCACAAAAUGGUUCAGUGGACUAUAUGCUUUGUUUUUGGAUGCUGUUUUUUUCUUAAAUGGUGUCCAUCUAAAUGAAUAUCCUGCAAGAAAAAUCACUGCUAGAAUUAUAUAUUUUGUUGAAAUGCUACAGAUCAUCAAGCAAGUCCUAUGUUGUCAUAAUUUUCCACACAUUUUUUUUGCCAAACAGCAUAAUUUCCUGUUGAAUUCACAUUUUCCAUGCUUGAAUGUAGAUUUUGGGGAAAAUAAAAAAGUAUUUUAUAAAUCCA